GCCGCCUGUUUUUGACGCAGCAGCGCAAUUAAAGUGCGCAGGCAGUGCAACGAUUAUCACGUUCGCAGGCCACUGAAAAGUGAUGUAAAUAACACGUAAAAGCCUUAUCAUUGUAAACAUAGACUAUACAGUACUUACAAAAUCAAUAUUUUCCCCAAUAAUCGUGUCGUGAUUGUUUGGAAGUCCAUAACACUCGCAUAGUGAAAACUACGACACAAGUGAUAUUGACUUAUGUAAAAUGAAUCCGUGAUACUCAACGAAACAAAGACAAUUACAUAAAAAGACAUUCGUUUCGAGGAGCAUAAUAAUUCGAGUGUCUUCUGUAUUGGAUGAACAGAAAGGCCCUUUCUCCGAAGUAUCGGAAGUGGUACAAAGACCGUCAUAAAAGAGACAGUGAUAGCAGGAGUCCUAACGGCAACAUUAAUGAGAGGGUGGCGGGUGCAAGGGAGCAGCGCGGGGCGCGGUGGGAGGCGGCGCGCGGCAGGUGACCGACGCUUCACGCGGCUCAUGUGGGCGGCGAGCGCGUGCUGCUCGCGCCAGGCAGGCGACGGCGGCGCGACCGCGCGCACGCCCGUCAAGACCUUCCAGGCGUACCUGCCGCCGGCGCACCGCACCUACAGUUGCAUACACUGCCGCGCGCACCUCGCCAGCCAUGACGAGCUUAUAUCUAAGUCGUUUCAAGGCAGCCAGGGGCGUGCAUAUCUAUUCAAUUCUGUAGUGAACGUGGGCUGCGGGCCGGCGGAGGAGCGCGUGCUGCUGACGGGGCUGCACGCCGUCGCCGACAUCUACUGCGAGUGCUGCAAGACGAUGCUCGGCUGGAAAUAUGAACACGCGUUCGAAUCAAGUCAAAAAUAUAAAGAGGGCAAGUUCAUAAUAGAACUCGCUCACAUGGUGAAAGAGAACGGGUGGGACUAGGGCGCUGGGACUAUAGUGCUGUGACCCUUUCCGUCAAUUACGCGCCGAGCAUGUGAGCUCGAGCGCCGCGGUAUAGCCGCGAGACCUUCCGCCGCCGACACAGAGAUUAUUUUUGUCAUACUAAUCAAUUAUUAUUGGGAUUCGUUGGUGGCGGAAUGCCGCGCGGCUCCAUUCCCGCGCCUGUCAGUCUUUAAUUGUCUGUGGACAGUUCAACUGUCAAUUGUCAACUGUCAACGUACGCAGGUGUUGUCUAUGCGCAACUGUCAGUGAGUCGCGGCUCCGGCACAUUGAACAUUGACAGGACGUAAGGUGUUACAUUAGCGGCUUAAGCUUGAGCACCGCCAUUCGACGUAUACAUAAGUUAUCGAUCUCAACAGCCCAGCUUCGGGCAGUGGGCGUAGAAUUUAUACUAAUUUUUAGUUGUAGCGACAUUUUAUUUUCGCCUCGUGCGAAUAUCUUAAGUUGUAUUAGUUAACGCGUCAUUAUUAUACUAUAUCGGAGAGAACACUAAUACUUCUUGUCCCCUUUUAACCUGUGAUAAGUAUGUUAGUAUAGAGUUUUUGAAUUUCUUGAACGAUCAUUUCAAGAGUUGCUCAGACGAUGUCAGAAGUAUGUUCCUAAUUUCAGCUGUACAAUUUUUGCUUUACUUUUUCGUUUUGUACUAGUCGAUGCGAUUCGAGAAUCGAUUCCAAUUUAUUAUUUUGCGCUCCAUAAAGUGACUUUUAGUUUAAUUAAUUUCGAGAACGUUCUUCGUUUUGCUUUAUUUUCCGAUUGGAAUUUGUAUUUACAACGUUUAUUUUGAACAUGAAAGUUGGAAGUAGGAGAGGUAUCGAUUUGAUCGAACAUUUUUAUAUAUACGAAGGGAACAGUUAGAAGUUUUAUUAUUCAUUUAUUGUUUCCAUUUAAAUGUAUAGUAGUAGAGACAUUUAACCCCAUAUAUUUUUAUCUAAAAUCUGCAUGGUACUUCAUUUACGUAUACUAGUGAGGAUAUCUAUGUAAGAUUAUGCAAGAGCUUUUAAUAUGUAUCAGAAUGGUGACUGUCAAACGAAAUUGACGUAUCAAGACAAACAUUUAUCUGUUAUCUUAGAAAUGUCUUGCAUAUUUCUAAACACAAAAGUCGUAUUGUACUAGAAUGUCGGUUAUGGGUAAUGCUACGCUUGUCUAUGGUUGGGAAAAUACAGAAAUGCUUUCCAAUUGAAUGAUAAAUACAACGAAAAGUUCCAUAAAUACUAUAAAUACCUGUUACUACGGCGGUUGAAACUAGAUGCGAUAUUUUACAUUAUGGGAUUUUUCUAAUCGACACGACAUUACAUGAAAAUAUAAUAAAGAAAAUUAUUUCCAUGUAUUGCUGAUUAACUUUACGAGUUCGCACGACGCUAUUGCAAGUCAGUUUACCAAACUGUGACACGCGAAUACAAAAUAUGGCGUCCAAUAAUUGUGGAAUGAUACACUUUAAUCCAGCUAUGCUUACAGAUAAUUUAAUAUCAACAAAUUACCAAUUAUCAUAUGAAUAACCACAAUCAUCAACAGUUGCUUGAAUACUGUAUCACAAAGUACAAAUAAAAUGCAUAGCGGGGGUUUAAAGUGAUCUCAUGAAAUGAAGUUAUAUCGAUAUAUCUAAAAAUUGUCCAGCAACGUUCUACAACAAUUCGUUUUCAUUAUCUUUUCGUAACAUAUUCAAUACUUGCUCGAAUAUUUAUUACUACCAAAUAAUUACAAGCAAAAUGUCUUCUAUAUUAAUUUAUGUAACCAAAUUAAAUGUUUUUUAAAGAUAUAUCGAUUUAACCCUAUGAAAUGGGUAGGAGUAUACCCGUCGCCGUACUAUCAGAGCGUUAAUAACUGCCACUAGAAUACGUUUUAAUAUACAUAACUAAUAUAAUAAUAAAUAAAAAUUAAAUGGACGUAAGUGACGCUCGUUUGACAUUAACGUUUAUUUUAACAGUAAUUAAAUUAUUAAUUAGUGUCUCAGAUUUGUUUAGUGUUACACCACGUCGUAUAGAUCACUCAUGUAAGGCGUAUUUGUGAUAUGUAAAAUUAACUUUUAACGUUCAGUUUAAUAUAAUGUGUAAAAAUGUACAAAUUCAAUAGUACCUAAUCUAAAAGUCGGAUUCGAAAAACAUUUAUCGACAGAUUAAUCAAAUAUAAGUAAUAGUUUAUAUUUUCGUAUCCAGAUGCUCUAUGUUUGUAAUCAAAAUUGUAAACAUUUUGUUCACGAGGGCCUAAUUACAAUAAAACAUAGUCAAGUACCAAGAUCUCUGUAUUCACCAUAGACACGGCUCUGUCAAAACAACAAAACGUCAGAAAAAAUUCGAAACGAACUGUGAUUAUUGCUUUUAAAAAAUCCGUUAAUCAACCGUGCUUUUUUCGACAUCCCUAAAAGCGACGGCUUGAGACGACAUACAAUCACAUGAUAUAUUAUUGUACAUCUAUCUAUUUAUUUAUAUUUUUAAUCCAAGCUUGUAGAUGCUAAAAUUAAAUGGUAUAUUGUAAUUUGUGAUAUUGAAAGCAGAUACGUCUUUUUUCAUAGGUAAGGUUAUCGGUAAACGCAUCGUUCAUGUGUCUAAUGUAAUCGUAUUAACUGUUAUCAUAGAGUUAAAGUGUUAAGAGUACUGAUGCACAAUGUUCAGUGGAGAUUUGAGCUUUCGACCAUCAUUUGCUUUUAAAAAUCUUUUUGUUUUAAAUACGUCGCUUUUACGUACAGAACACUUCGCUGUUUUCGUAUUUAAAUUUUGACAAAAUAGGUUUCGUUUCUCGUUAUGAACAUUAUGCAACAAUAAUCGAAUUAUUGAGAUUGUCACAGUAGUUUAUAAUUAACACUCUUAGACCUAAUAUUCCCUUGAUCUUUACCGUAUGACACACGAGAAUAUCAAAAUGUGACGUUUAAAGUGAGAAAAUUAAAAAAAAAAGAUUAGAUUUCUGUGAGGCAUAUUCAAAGUAUUUUUCUACUUGAUCGUUUAGGGAUGCUAUUAGAUAUUUUUGGACCAUUGUUAAGAUAAUACGAUCAGUAUUGGAGAGGAUAAAGAAUUUAAUGUUAGUUUUGUGGAUGUUGAUCGAAUGAGAUAUUUGUUGAGAUAAGUGAAUAAGCGUCUAGAUGUAACCAGCACCCACUCGAAAACUGUUCUGCUAUUGUAAUAAGAGCUAACCCUAACUUAUAGUAAAGUUCGUUGAAACCCAACCAAUUGAAUAUAUAUUCCAUUUAUGUAUAUCAAUAGAUACAUGAAGAAAUAAAUUCCGAGUUUCCAAUAAUCCAAAUUACACUAGCCUUCUUGGUUUCAAUGUAUUUUACUGCAUAAUUAGAAGCAAUAACCAAAGCAUGCCGGUCUUGGAGUGUUAACUACCGGACAGCGAACGCGGCGGCGCAUUACAGUAAACGUCUCAAAGCAGAAGGUCCCAGUAGACUUACGAAGGAACCGCUUAUUUUUGUAUUUUCUUAGUAUGUAAUGAAGCAUUAUAAAAUUCGUGGUGUCUCCUAAUGAUUGUGUAUGCAUUAUGCUAUAGAUGAGUAUCUCGUCAACAUUUGGUUGAAAUAAUAAGUGCGUAAUAAAACACUUUUUCGUAUUA